UGCCUUGUUUUUGGGCGUCUCCAGUGAGAGAUACAGAGACAUUUAUGUCACUCUGAAAUUUUGAAGCAAGUAGCUGUCUCUCUCCAACUCCAUCUGCGUCUAUAGCCUGCACGGACGCCACCCCUCGCAAACCCUAUUUCUCCCGUGGCAUCUCUCUAGCUUCUCUUGAUCCCCCCUCCUCUCUCUCUCUCUCUCUCUCUCUCUCUCUCUCUCAGACUAUUCCCUUCUCUCUGUGUCGAUCGGACCCGCUGAUUAGGUCCUCGAAGAAGAAGAUAGAUUGAUCCCUAGCAGUUGGUGUGAGUGAAGGUGCGAAGAGACCAAAGCGGAGCCCAAAGAACAGAAAGAAAGAAAGAAACAGAAAGGCGGGAGAGGAGGAGGAGGAGGAGAGGCAUCUGCUAUCAGCUCUGCUCGUUUGAAAGGGGAAAAAAGGUCAUGCCGGAACUCCAGAUUUCCCCUCCUGAUCCAGCUGGGAGUACAGGUAAGGAGCAGCAAGCGGCUGGAGUCGGAAUCCUGCUUCAGAUCAUGAUGCUGGUUUUGUCUUUCGUUCUCGGCCAUGUCCUUAGGCGCCAUAAGUUCUACUAUCUCCCUGAAGCCAGCGCUUCUCUUUUGAUUGGUUUGAUUGUGGGCGGGCUGGCUAAUAUAUCAAAUACUGAAACAAACAUUAGGACCUGGUUCAACUUCCAUGAGGAAUUUUUCUUCCUGUUCCUGUUGCCACCAAUUAUAUUUCAGUCAGGUUUCAGCUUAUCGCCUAAACCAUUCUUUUCAAAUUUUGGAGCCAUUGUUACAUUUGCUAUUCUGGGAACUUUUAUUGCUUCAAUAGUUACAGGUGUUUUAGUCUACCUUGGUGGAGUGAUGUUUCUCAUGUACCGGCUGCCAUUUGUUGAAUGUUUGAUGUUUGGUGCUCUGAUAUCUGCAACCGAUCCUGUCACUGUGUUAUCCAUAUUCCAGGAACUUGGUACAGAUAUGAACCUUUAUGCGUUGGUGUUUGGGGAAUCUGUUCUAAACGAUGCAAUGGCAAUUUCAUUGUAUAGGACAAUGUCAUCAGUAAACAGUCAUGUUUCGUCCAAUAAAAAUUUCUUUAUGGUCAUCGUGAGGUUUCUUGAGACCUUUGUUGGCUCAAUGUCUUCAGGUGUUGGCGUUGGAUUUACUUCAGCUCUACUCUUCAAGUAUGCAGGACUGGAUAUCGACAAUCUUCAGAACUUGGAGUGUUGUUUGUUUGUACUGUUUCCAUAUUUCUCGUACAUGCUAGCAGAAGGCCUUGGCCUUUCUGGUAUUGUUUCCAUAUUGUUUACAGGAAUUGUUAUGAAGCACUAUUCCUUCUCAAAUUUGUCAGAAAAUUCUCAACAAUUUGCUGCAGCUUUUUUCCAUUUGAUAUCAUCAUUGGCAGAAACCUUUGUAUUUAUAUACAUGGGCUUUGAUAUUGCUAUGGAACAACAUAGCUGGUCACAUGUUGGAUUCAUCUUUUUCUCAAUUCUGUUUAUAGUAGUUGCAAGGGCGGCAAAUGUUUUUUCUUGUGCAUACUUGGUCAACUUGGUUCGACCUGCUAAUCGACAAAUACCAUUACACCAUCAGAAAGCACUUUGGUACAGUGGUCUUAGAGGGGCGAUGGCUUUUGCCCUUGCGCUGCAAUCUGUUCAUGAUCUUCCAGAAGGACAUGGGCAGACGAUAUUCACAGCUACUACUGCUAUAGUUGUUCUGACGGUUUUAUUGAUUGGAGGGUCAACUGGUACAAUGCUGGAAGCUCUACAGGUUGUGGGCGAUGGUCAUGAUGGCCCACUGGGAGAAAGCUUUGAGGGGAAUAAUGGAUACAUUGCUCCUUCCUAUGAUGAGGGUGCUUCAUCUGGGAACAAGCUAAAGAUGAGACUCAAAGAAUUUCACCGAAGUGCUGCAUCUUUCACUGCAUUAGAUAGGAAUUACCUCACCCCAUUCUUCACAACUCAGAACGGAGAUGAAGAGGAGCAAGCUAUUCGCCAGAAGAUGAGGCGAGUGGCGGACAAGUGCGAGCUAAUGGAGGCGACACUUCUCGUGAAGAAUGCCGAAGUCGAGGCUUUACAAAGGGCCCUCGAACUGUCUGUGGAGGAGUGGGCCUCUCUAACGAUCUAGUUCAAUGAGGCUCGGCAUAAGGAGGGCUUGGUGUUGAGUGAGCUGGAAGGGGCGAAGUCGCAUCUUGGCUCAACUCUAGUAGAGCUGGAAAGGGUGAGUUCGCACCUUUUCUUUGUCAAGGCUAACGCUGUUGGGCUUAAGGUGGAACUGGAGAGGGAGAAGGCAACCUCAGCAGCCAAGCUGGCUAAGGUUGAAGCGAUCUUGACUACUCGGCUGUCUGAGACCGAGGCGGCUAUCCCUGCAAUCAAGGUCGCAACUGUAGAAGAGUACAAAUCCUCGAAGGAAAGGAUCGAUGAUGUGGACGUAAAGUUACAUAAUCUACAACUACGGCUAUGAACGCUGCAUAGAGGAUGUGAAGGGGUUAUACCCUAAGCUGAACUCGAAUGCCCUCCUCAGCGACAAAGUCACCAAGGAGUCCCCGUAGCCUGAAGCAGAAGCCGGGGAACCUUCUUCUCGAGCUGGAUGAGCCUUGUCUUCCCCUCUCCACUUGUAUCCCUCUCUUUUUUUGUACUUCUUUCAAUGUAAUGAAAUGAAAAUUUUUUGUCAUUAGCUUGUCGUGUUUUGGGAUGUUCGUAUAUUCGACCAUUAAGGUCGCAUGUAAUUUAUGGCGGUAGGCCGAGCACAUUAGCCGAGUAGAGUCAAUGAUCCUUUGUAGAGUAGAUGCCAAUGGUACCGACCUCUUUAUGAGGGGUUGAGCAGGCCGUUAGGGGGGAUUUCUUCCCUUCACCGUGGUUGGUUACAUUAAGUAGGGAGAACGAUUGAUGGUCUGACCUCUUCUCUAAGGGUUGGACCAUCCAUAACAAUGGUCAAUAGUUCGACCUCUUCCUUAAAGGUCGGGUUAUUAAUGAGAGGAGCAUUUUCCCUUGCACUAAGGGAGGUCCUCAGUAGCCCGUGUAGUUAGAGCAGUAGCCAGUAGAUUGAAUGAAACAUUCCUCUUUCUUAGGAGACUUUAUUGUAGAAAGUAUUGUAGAAUCAAUUUAGUAGAAAUACAUUGUCUUCAGUGCUGGUCAACAGGUCUCUCAAAGGUUUCUUCAAGACUUUGAGAGUCCUCCAAUGGGGUAUCCACUCUAUCUUUUCGUAUUCUUGGUUGUAGUGGAAGUGUUGAGCUAGAUGUUGGAAAGAGGGUUGUUUGUGGUCUCAUUUGCGAAUUUAGGGUGGAUAAUGCUAGAGUUUCGCUCUAGGUCCAUUUGGGGGGAAAGGAACUAGAGGCAUUUCCAGAAUCGCUCAGUCCUGUUAGGCAGUUUAUCCUUGGGGUGAUUUCACUUCUUUCUGCAUGGGUUGAGUUGUAAAUUUUCCGGCGUUUGUCGGGCCCUUUGAGUGGUCCCUUAACUUUUCCUUAAUCUUGCCUGGUUGUAUAGUUUUUUUGGUUUUCUUAAUAAAAUUUAUCAACCCUAU